AAAAGGCAAACGAAGAAGUCAAGAAAGAGCAAAUUCCAGGGUAGAACCGUAUAUGUAGCCCUGUUGAUUUUUAUGAGCUCUAUUACCCGAUUCAUGAAAGCGAAGCGAAGUUGAAAGAAGAAACAUUAAACUCGAACAAACAAGAAGAAGAAGCUGGGGGUAAUUUGUUUUGGAAUCGGAGACUGAACCGAAGUUCCUUUUUGAGGUAAAACAAAAUGAAGACUUCUUUGAGAAGACUGCGAGGGUUAGCACAUCACAAGCACACCGGUGAAGCCAAGGAGCGAAAUGAUGUUUUAGCUUUGCCUCAACUCGAAGAGCUCGCUCAAGCUUCUCAGGAUAUGCAGGAUAUGAGAGAUUGCUACGACAGCUUACUUUCUGCAGCGGCAGCAACUACUAAUUGUGCUUACGAAUUCUCAGAGUCAUUGCGGGAGAUGGGUACUUGUCUUCUUGAGAAAACUGCAUUAAAUGAUGACGAAGAAAGUGGUAGAGUAUUACUAAUGCUUGGAAAAGUACAGUUCAAACUCCAGAAACUUGUUGACAGCUAUCGGUCUCAUAUAUCCAAGACAAUCACGGUCCCAUCAGAGUCUCUUCUUAAUGAACUUCGAAUAGUUGAGGAGAUGAAGAGACAAUGUGAUGAAAAAAGAGAUGUGUAUGAGCACAUGGCAACCGGACUCAAAGAAAAAGGAAGAUCAAAAGGUAGGAAAGGGGAGAACUUUUCCAUGCAGCAAUUACAAGUAGCGCGAGAUGAAUAUGACGAAGAGGCAACUUUAUUUGUUUUCCGAUUGAAAUCUCUAAAGCAAGGACAAUCAAGAAGCCUUCUUACACAAGCAGCACGACACCAUGCUGCUCAGCUGAACUUUUUUAAAAAGGCUCUUAAGUCUCUUGAAGAAGUGGAGCCACAUGUGCAGAAGAUCACUGAACUGCAGCAUAUUGAUUAUCGCUUCAGUGGACUUGAAGAUGAUGAUGGGGAUAAUGAUGAUGAUACUGAAUUUUAUGAAGAUGAUGAUGAUUACAAUAGUGAUGAGGAUGAUGGUGAGCUGAGCUUUGACUAUGUACAAAAUGAUCAAGAUCAGAACAUGAUUCCUGCUUCACGACACUCAAUGGAGUCGGAUGAAGUAGGCCUUACAUUUCCCCAAGUUGCAACGGUGGAGGCUGCGAAGGAAAAUCCAGAAAGAACCCAUCGUCAUUCUUUUUCAUUUGGAGGGGCAAUAAGGAAUAGCAGCCAAUCUGCUCCUCUUUUUGCUGGGAAUAAACCUGAGCUUUCUGAGAAAAUUCAUCCAUUAUCGACACGAAAGUUCAGCUCGUAUGUAUUACCUACACCAGUUGCUACAAAAGGUUCUAUUGGAUUAGGUAAUCCAGCUCCUCAAUCUUUCAAGUCAAGUUUGAAUGAGCAUUCGAACAAUUUGUGGCAUUCAUCUCCUCUUGAACUUAAGAAAUAUGAGAGGAUUUUGGGAGAUGAAAAAAAAUCUGGAUCUGCUAUUAUAAAUGCACAGGUAGUACUGAAAGAGAGCAAUAAUCCUGCUUCAUCAACUCAACUGCCCCCUCCUUUGGUUGAUAAGGUUUUAUUUUCACAAGUUCGUCCAACGGCUGCUUCUGAUUCCAAGAAAAUUAAAAGGCAAGCCUUUUCGGGUCCAUUGAAAAGUAAACCAGGGCCUCACAAGCCAGUUUCAGUGGAACAUCCCCAAUUAUUCUCUGGGCCAAUCUUGAGAACUCCAAUGUCUCAAGUGCAUGCAGUAUCUCCAAAAGCAUCACCAAAUACCUCCCCUAAAUUUGUGUCCACGCCUAAAAUUAGUGAGCUUCAUGAACUUCCUAGACCCCCAGCCACUUCAGCCUCCAAGUCUUCAAGACCUUCAGGCUUGGUUGGUUAUUCAGGUCCCUUAAUGCCUAGAGGUCAAGUGCUCCCUGCUACAAAUAAAUCAAAAGUGUCAAAAACUGCCGCUCCACUGCCGCAACCUCCAGAUGUUGUCACUCGCAGUUUCUCCAUACCCUCAUUCGGUCACAGAGUGAUGUCAUUACCUGUGUCCAAGCCUCUGGAAACCGCCAACAGUUCAGGGAUGUCUCAAGAUCUUGCCUCACCUCCUUUGACACCAAUAUCUUUAUCACAAAUCCAUCCAUCGUCAACUAAUUUGAAGACUGCUGAUAGGAACUGAUUGGUUAUAUAUAUCUCUAAUUCUAGUACUGAUUUCAAUCCUAACCCACGGGGGCUACGAUUGUCGUUAUCGUAACAUACAGGUUCGGUUAAGUGCAUAUAUUUUCUUGUCUACUUAUUCUAUGUCAUUGUUACACUUUAGCCACUUGUCUAUAUUUUGAUGAACGCUUGGCAUGAAUCAGUCAAAUACUUGCCAUGCUAUGCGUAUGCGUUCGUCGUUUUUGAGGAAUUUUGUAUUCGAUCCUAGGUGUUACUAGAUGAAUUCAAUUAUUUUAUCGGUAUAGUAGUUUGGUAUUAAGAGUUUGGUUUGAAACAGGAGUUGUAUAAGUUUUGUGAAUGGAGAACUUUGCUCAUGUAGGCAAAGCUGAAAUG